GAUCUACCAUGUGCCGAUCGUCCAAAGUGUUCCACUGUAGACGCGUAACUCUUCGAGACCGCCUCUCGCCUUCCAGCUAGAAGCAAACACAUAUUCCAUCGCGCGAUCGACGUAACGAGCAUCGGUAUCCCGUGAUACUCGGUAAACGAAAUACACGUGGCGUGAAUUUUAACACCAUCCCUGAUUACGAUCUGUAAAAGAUUUAGAGAUCAGUAGGAGAAUGAUUGAUAAUUUCACGGUGAAGGAUCGUUAGAUUACUUUCCAUGUUAGUGGUUGAACAAUGACGACGAGGUGGACGAUGAACUGGAGGAGGCUCAUUUUCGUCGGCUUCUUGAUUAUAUUGAUCCUGGCAGAUGUGUGCAAUGCAUACAAUAAUACCUUGGACAAGGUUCGCGAGAAAAAGGCGCGAAUGGUGAAGAAGCUCCGCAAGGACGUCCGGAAGUUAAAGAAACAGGAGGGCGCGGUGAAGCUUGUAGGUGGCGAGGGUGGACACGAAGGAAACGUGGAAAUACUUCACGAGGGGAAAUGGGGCAGUAUAUGCGACGACGAAUGGGAUUACUUGGAGGCCAAUGUGGUUUGCAGGCAAUUAGGCUUCGACGGUGCAAUUAAACCAACGACGAACGGUCACUUCGGUCAGGCCAGAAGAAUGUAUUGGAUGGACAACGUGUACUGCGACGGCAGCGAGGACGAGUUAUCCAAGUGUCGUUUCGACGGAUGGGGUACGUCCGACUGCGAGAACAGCGAGGCUGCAGGUGUAAUUUGCGGCCGGGGCGAAGAGGAGGCGAUAAGAGGUAAAACGAAGGGCAAAAGGAAGCCGGAGAAGCAGAGAAUCAAGGAUGUCCAUCAGAGGGGAAUGGCGAUAAGGCUGGCCGGUGGACGAGUCCACGGCGAGGGUAGAGUCGAGGUCAAACUUGGACAUUCAGAUUGGGGUGUUCUCUGCGGCGAUGGUUGGUCCCUGUUCGAAGCGGCGGUGGUUUGUAGACAAUUGGGCCUUGGUUACGCCUCCGACGCCGUCCAGACGAACUUUUUCGGCGGCCAAAGGAUACCGAUCUCUCUCACCGGUGUGCAGUGUCACGGAGACGAGAACAGCCUGAUAGACUGUCUGCACGACAAGAUUCUAGAAUGUCCAGGGUCUACAGAAAAUGUCGCGAGUGUAGUAUGUCUGAAAGAGAUGCCAGAUCUUGUCUUUGACCAUAUAGAGUUGAUGCGUACCGCCCAUCUGGAAGAUAGACAACUAUAUUGGCUCCAGUGUGCCAUGGAAGAGAAUUGCGUCGGUUCCCAAGCAUACAAAAUUCAAAAAGAGUCGGAGAAUUGGCACCUGGAGACCAGAAGGCUCCUUCGAUUCACCGCGAGGAUCUUGAACGCCGGUACUGCGGACUUUCGACCCUCUGUCCCGAAACACCUAUGGGAGUGGCAUAUGUGCCACAUGCAUUACCACUCGAUGGAGGUGUUCGCCACGUUCGACGUAUUAGACAAGAACGGGAACAGGCUGGCUGAGGGACACAAAGCGUCUUUCUGCCUGGAGGACAAUCAAUGCUUGGACGGAGUGAAGGCGAGGUACAAAUGCGCCAAUUACGGGGACCAAGGCAUCUCCGUCAACUGUAGCGACAUAUACAAACACAAUAUCGAUUGCCAGUGGGUGGACAUAUCGGAACUUCAACCUGGUGAAUACGUCUUCAAGGUCGCGGUAAAUCCGGAGUUCAAAGUGGGCGAGAUGUCGUUCGACAAUAACGCUGCAAUCUGUCGUUUACUCUACACGGAAACAUUUGCCACGGUGCAUAGUUGCACUAUGGGCAGACCUUGACACGGACCUGUUACGAUAAUGCUCGGCCUGAUGAUUUCAUCGCGAAGAAGAAAAUCAUACGCGACGCGCAUUAUCGUGGCUCUUAAUUAAAAUCCUUCCAUUGCGUAAAAACAAUAAAGGCUCGUCUCGAGUAAUCGUUGUUCUUAAUUGAACUGAUUACCCUUAUCGUGGGCUCGCUGCGAAGAAAACGGAAACUCUUCGGAGAAAUGGUCUAAGAGAAAUUUCACGAGGAAUGUGAAUUUACGUGAUUUCAUAGUAAUCGCUAUUUAACAGAGCUGAUUGUCAGAAAUUGGAACGCUAUUCCAUUAAUUAAUAUUAAUUGAACUUACUUAGCUAAAAUCUACUAAUAUUAUUUUAAGUAUAUGUAAUUAUUAUUUAAUAGCUAGCUUAAAUUAUAAUUUCAUCUUGAAAUAUAUGAAAAAGAAAUAAAUAAAGAAAACUAUUUAUUCGUCGAAAGGAAGAACCCCUUGGCGCUUAAGUCGAGCAACCAGUCAUACAGAUCGAAGCGGUUCAAGAACGACCUCCUUCGAACUGAUGCUCUCCGUGGCUGGAAUCUCAAGUUUCGAAGUCUAGGAGUCAAUUUAUAGACGCCCGACCCACGCCAGUUAUCCUCAUAGUUUGCUCUAGAUUUUCAACCACGACUACGCUAAUAAAUUGAACAAUUCAGGAGAGUGGUUCCUCGAUGUUCGAACCGUGUCUAGUCGAUACUCGGUGCCCUGGAAUACCGGGAACGGCAGCGAGAAAUCAUCGAGGCUCCCUCUCUUUCAUCGUCGAAGAAAUAAUUCGAGCAACCAACAUUCCCUCAAGCGGGAAUUAAAAAAAUUGGAGAA